GGUCGUGCGUAAGGACGGCGGGUCAGCUGAUCAGAGGACCGGGAGGAAGCAGCGGAGUCAGCGGGUGUGUAGAGUGGGAACCUACCGGAUACUGACAUAGGCUAGAACCUGGGAUAACAGGGAGCAAAAGACCGGUGGCGUUCGUGAGAGAACUAGGGCGUGGUUUUGUUCCACCAUGGCCAGUUGGGACUGAGGAGCCGCCACAAUGAUUGGAGGAUUGUUCAUCUACAACCACAAGGGGGAGGUCCUUAUCUCCCGGGUCUACCGAGAUGACAUUGGGCGUAAUGCGGUAGACGCAUUUCGUGUGAACGUGAUCCAUGCCCGGCAGCAGGUUCGAUCCCCGGUGACAAACAUCGCCCGUACAAGCUUUUUUCACGUCAAGCGCUCCAACAUCUGGUUGGCGGCGGUCACCAAGCAGAAUGUCAAUGCUGCCAUGGUGUUCGAGUUCCUCUACAAGAUGUGUGACGUCAUGACAGCCUACUUUGGCAAGAUCAGCGAGGAGAACAUCAAGAACAACUUUGUGCUCAUCUACGAGCUUUUGGAUGAGAUCCUGGACUUUGGUUACCCCAGAACUCUGAGCUCCUUGGGCAUCUCCACAGCUGAGGGGACACAUGGCACUGAGCCCCCAGAGAACGCCGAAG